GUACACACCCCACGUCGACGUGACAACCCUGGAACCAACUACACAAACAAAAACCCCAUCAGAAAACCGCGUACUUUUAUCCAAAUCCGACAACGUCGCGCCCCGCCACAGCCCUCUGGAUAUAGUCGCGACCCACCCUUCUAGUGCGCCGACGCGCCGCCCUUACGACGACCGUGUAAAGAAGUCGAGUGAAGAACCGCUCCCAUUUCGUGUUCGCGCGCCGCCCGCAGCAGUCGCAGCCGCCCCCGACCGACCGCCCUCACACCGUCGACACGUCGAGAGAGCGACGAGAAAGAGCGACCGCACACGAUGCGCCGGCCAGGGGCGGGGCGACCCGUAGUCGCCCUCACCUGACAGUCCGCGAUGCCGCGAGUGCCGCCCUUCCACGGGUGCUGAAACGUUUGUUUUGGAUACGCGAACCAAAAAAAAACGAGUGUUGAGGCACGAUAAUCAGCUGCAAUGGCGCUAAAACGGUCUUGGAGGGGUGCAGAUUAAGGGUGUUCCGGAGGUUCGGGCCUAUCGUUUAACCCCAGCCCUCGCCCCCGACUCAGACGAUAUGGACACAGUAUGGCCUCAGACAGCUGGCACACUUCGAAGGAAAGAGUCGUACUGUCGAUUUUUUAUCUGCUCUCCGUUUUCUUCCAGUUCAACAUUGGUUGUCAUCAGACCUUCGUGAGUCGUCCUGGUGGCCCUAUGAACGGCACCUUCAACGGCCCCGAGUUUAUAAAUCUGCACGGGCUCACCGUCAGUUGCGUCUACACGUUCUUGGGCGGACCGGGCCAGAGGGUGCAGAUCACCUUCGACACUUUCAGGUUGAGGGGCACACCACCAGAUGGAGCUGCAGUCGGGGACCUCCCUACAUGUGUGCACGAAUAUAUGGACAUCUAUUCAGAGGUGACCCAGCCGGACCUGGGGUCGUUGGUGGACUCCCCCUUUGGGGGAAGGUUCUGCGGACCCAUCACCCCCCGCACCAGGGUGUCCCUCUAUCGCGCCCUCGCGUUCUCCUUCCAUUCGGACAAAAAUUCUUCGGUUCCGGAUCUGUUUGCUGGCCGAUAUGCCUUUAUCAACGACUCGGAUUUUGAGGUGGGCGCACCGACGGGCGCAGGCCCUUGUAACUAUUUAGUAAAGGGCGCGGUCCGACAUACGGGUAACAUAGUCUCACCUACCUACCCGGGCGCCUAUCCGAAGAACCUGAACUGCACCUAUCAAUUCCUAGGAGCACCCGGCGAACGGAUUCGGCUCGAGUUUCGGGAUUUCGAUUUGUUUUAUGGGGGACAACAUUGUCCAUUUGAUUUCGUCCGGAUUUACGACGGCCCGGAUAAUUCGUCGGCGAUAAUCGGCACUUAUUGUGGUCAACAGCGCAACCUGGUGAUCUACUCGUCGGAGUCCACCCUUUAUGUCACUUUCGUUACCCUACGACGCACUGCCACCACCCAGAAUCGCGGAUUCAAGGGGAUUUUUGAGUUUUCCAACUCGUUUACUAAACUAGAUUUUAUAAGUAAAAACGACGGCGAACACAUACGAGGGACCGAAUGCGACCAGCGGAUAUUCAGUAAAAAAGAGUCGAACGGGUUCGUCUACAGUCCCAACUAUCCGUUCCCGUACAUGCCUAAACUGGUCUGUAGAUAUUUUAUUUAUGGCAUGCAAAACGCUCAAUACUUGGAACGAGUUAGGCUGGAGUUCGUUAUGUUCGAGAUUCCUAAGGGGGCGAAAGAUUGCUCAGAUGGUUACUUAAAGGUGUAUUUAAAGGGGCAAGAGACCAUAGACGCCUACGACAAGUUCGAUCAUGAACUGUGUGGUGAGGAGGCGCAGCCUGCAGUCAUGGUAUCCGAUGGCCCCAGGUUACUUAUGGUGUUUAGCUCCGGCGAAUUGAUGGGAAGAGGGUUUAAGGCCAAUUACACCUUUGAGACUGAAUAUCGGAUUCCCGGCACGGCAGCCCCAGAUGGUUCCUGUUCGUUCACUUACCGGAGCACGUCCAGAAAAAAGGGCGAAUUCAACUCUCCCCGUUACCCGACGAACUACCCCAGUGAAACGAACUGCACUUACCAUUUCCUGGCGACCGAUAACGAGCAGGUCACUUUGGUCUUUGACAAUUUUAAAAUUAAAGCGGAUAGCGUGAACUCGAGCUUGGGAGCAUACGGGCCGGAAAUUUGUCAGGAGGACUGGAUAGAGAUCUACAACGUGUAUCGGGACGGUACCGAGACGAUAAUUGGCCGUUAUUGUCACGUGUCCGCUCCCGGUCCAAUAGAAUCCAAUCGGGGAGCGGUAGGACUCAAAGUACUGUUGCACUCGGAUAAAGCGAACGUGGCGAGCGGAUUUAAGGCCCGAUACAGUUUCGAGGUGGCCAAGUCGAUUUUUGGUGAUUGUGGAGCUAAUAUAAGUAGCACGGACAGCGGUCAAAUUCUGAGUCCGAACUUUCCUAAGAACUACGACGCCCCGAAACUGAACCAGGCGUCGAAAAGUUGUAACUGGUACAUCAACGUGAAGCCGCAGCACCGAGUCCUGAUCAUUUUCGAUAAGUUUGCGAUAGAGGGCGAACCAAGCGGUCGUGGAUGUCCUGCAGCCGUCUUACGACUGUGGACGGACAUCGCCGCACCAGGCAAAGAAAUCUGCGGAGAAAAGGCGUUAGGUGACAAAUGGCAAUACAUUUCUACUUCAAACCAAAUGAGGUUAAGCUUUAUCACUGCCGACAAAGCCGUAGGCUAUUCGGGUUUCAAGGCCUACUGGACGGAGGUGUUGGAUGGUCCGUCCUGCGACGAAUUCCAGUGCGCAAAAUCGUUUUUCUGCAUCCCGUUCCACCUCAAGUGCAAUAACGUGCCAAACUGCGGGGUCGACGACGAUUCCGACGAGAAAGAUUGUUUUCCAAUUGAAGAAACUCAAACGCCCUUUCGAUUGUCCUGGGUGGUUAUUAUGGGCGCCAUUUUGUUAGGUCUCAUCUGUUUCUGCGUCAUCUGUCAUAAAAAACGGCGACGGCGCAGGGAGAGGGAGAUGGCGAUGCGUCGCAGCAUCCACGUACCGGUGGCCAUUCCAGGAACGUCGAGACAACAGGUGCCCCAUUUCUGCGACGAUCUCGGCGAACGAUUCGCAUCAGUCGACAGUGUCUGAUGACGGCUGAAGCCGUUUUUGGCGAAACGUUGGUUUUUCAAAUGUCUGUACGAGGCCACGAGGCCUUACUACUAUUACUUGCCGGAGACGACCGAGCGACUGGUCGAACGCAUUCGGAUGUGAUCGUGCGCGCGAGUUUUAAAACGACUGUGUUAUAUACAGGGUGUUGUUGCAGUUUUUUUUUCACACCCCUUACCGUAAUGAUAAUAAUACAAUAAUAGUUAGGAGAGACAAUCAUCAUCAACAAUGACCGGACCGCCCUGUAUAUUGUGGCCCCACCCCUUUUUUAGUUUCCUUUUCGAGUAUAAUAAUGAAAAUGGUAUUUACACUUUUAUAUUAGAAUUAACGAGUAAAAUUAGUGAAUUGUGACUCAAGUGACUGACUGUUCAACAGUGAUGUUAAACGGUUUUUUUAUUCGCGGAAAAUUUUAAUUUUUUACGUUCAAAAAAUCACCCGCAAUAAGUAACUUUUAUUAUUAGGUUAUAGUUGCACUCGUUCGCACAAUUUCAUGUACCGGCCCUUAGAAUUCGGUUAAAGUUGGAGUCUGAUUGUUUGUCACAUUUUGGAGGUCGAAUUAUAUGGAAAAUUUGGGUUUUUUAUGACUUGAUCAAAAUUAUUUUGCCCUACUAUAUUGGCUUAGUUAGAAAAAAAUUGCUGAAAAUGAGUAUAAAGUCGAUCCACUUACUUGUAAAAAUAAAAAAAUUUCGGUUUAGACCACAAAGCAUUAGAAUAGUCCUAAUAAAUAAACUAAUUCGAAAAUAAAUGUGUCAAAAUGUGUCAACAGUAAAAUGUUCAAUUACUAAUUGAACGCAAGAAGAAUGUGUCACUGAGAAAAUUGAAUCGUAUAUAUCAACAUCUUUAGGUUUGUCAUUUUGAAAAUGGAUAAUUUAUCAAAAAAAAACUUUUAAAGGCAUCUAGGUAUAUUUCAACGUUAGUCAAACUUUAAAAACAUGUUAAAAUUUAGUAGUUGGGUUAACAUUUAAAAGUUUAUUCCAAUAAACUAUUAAAGGCAAAAGUAGUCAUUUUCUGCAAAUUUGUAUGCAUCAUUUAAGAAAUAAUUAGUUCAAACCAUAAAUCGCUUAAAUUAAUGUUUACUCAAUUAUCAGAUUAACGUUGCUUUAUCUUUAAGCGAACCAGUUUUGUAUAUUGAGUGAAAUACUUGAUCAUCAUUUUAAAUGUUAAUUAAUUUAAUGCACGUUCACAUAUUGAUUUAAUUAAGGAAAUAAUAUUUUAGGAUUUAAAUAAUAUUACAUCAACCAGGAAGAAAUAACAGUUUUACAUAUGUGACAAAAAAUAUAAUCUUGCUGGUGCAAUAUGGGUUUUAAAUACCUCAAAUUUAUAGGCACUCGUACCUUGUCCGACAAAUUUGACUCUAACUCAAAAAAAGUUUUGGAGUUACAAGAAUUGCUAAUUUAUUAAAUGUUUGGUAAUAAAUGGCCUUUCAUUGGCUUUAGCCUUUUAAGAAGAUUUCAAUUAGUUCGUGUAAACAUUUGAAAAGAAAGUGAAAAUUGUAUGCGAAACAAACGCUCCAACCAAAACUGCCCUAGUUAUCAAAGUCUUUACCCUAAAAUCACAAUUCUACUCUCAAAUCCAUCGUCAGGAGUCCUGCUAUAUAAGCGUAAAAAAAUUAUGGAAAUAUUCAAAGUGGUUCCCAACUUAUGGUCUAAAAAUGUCCGCCAAAGUAUAAAAAUCUGAAUGCUGUAAUAUGCGUUUCUAAAACCUCAAAUAUGUAUGCUCUUAGACCUUGGCAGGCAAAAUUGCUCUUACUUAAAAAGUUUUUUAGCUACAAGAAUUUUUCUCCUACGAAAUUGUUUGGUAAGAAAUGCCCUUUAAUUCACUUUUACCCUUUUAAGAAUAAUCCAAAUAUUUCGUGAAAAUAUUGUCAAAGAAAGUAAAAAUGAGUUAAGAUAAUUUGCAAAAAAAAUACUCCAGCCAAAACUGCCCUAACUACCAAAAGCUUCACCCUAAAACCUCGAUUCUACUCUCAAAUCCAUCGUCAAGAAUCCCGCUAUACAGGGUGAUUCAAAAGUAAGCGGCAUCCUUUCAGGGGCGUAAUCCUUGUAUGAAAAUAAGGCAAAAAGUUCAUAUUAAUAUGGGUUCGAAAUUGCUUCCUAAGGGAGCUACGCCCCUUUGAAUAGGACCCCUUGAAGACAAUUUUUUCUCUAUAACUUUAAAACCCUUUAGAAUUAAAUUUUGAAAAUUGGUGUACUGCAUAAACAUUUCGUUGUGAAUAAGAUUCUAAAUUCAAAUUUUUUUAAUUUUAUUCAGGUGCGUCACAUGCGGGGGUUGGUAAGGGUAAAACAUCCCAUUUUCUUUUACUCUUUAGGUUAUUGUGAUUUUGUUUGAAAAUUAUAAAAUUUUAGAGUCUUAUACGUAAAAAAGGUACACUGUGUCCCAUUUUGGAUGAGACUGCAGGGUAUCUCUGUCAUUUUUUAAGAUAGAGCUUUGCGGUUUUCGCGACCCUGUAUCACUUUUUUGUAAAACUUUUAAACCCACAAACAG